CGUCACCUGCUUGUAUCUGGAACUUACGCACUUGCAAUAGUCUGGGAUAUAACUACUAACAGUCGGUCCCUCACUGUACGUCGAGAACCGGGGCUCGUGUUCGCAGCAGCGUUUUCUCCAGAUGGACGGACAUUUGUCAUAUCUAGGUACAACGUUGGCCCGGGCGUCGUUGAAGUGGAGAUGUUCGCCACAGUCAGUGGGGAGUCUAUCUGGCUCUUAUCAGGUGUUGGAAUCCUCAAGUGGUCGUGUACUUCUGUCAGGUGGCGUAGAGGAGCCAUCAUCCGAUGAAGAAGAA